AGCCGGACAGGACGUCGAGCUCUUAUUGUGGAGACCUGUACUCGAAGGUCUUCUCGCGAGAUCACGGAAGUGCUUUCCUAUAUAAGCACGCGUAGAUCCGGCUGCGUGCAGAUCGAUCCCAGGUUCUGAUCGAAAAGUGGUGAAAACCUGUCGUCAUGUUUAGGCUGAUGUUCGUAUGCGUGUUGGCGUGCGCCGUGUCGGUGCGAUGCGGGACCAUUCUCGCGCCCGCCAUCGGCAAGCUCAUUUCCGAAAAGGUCGUCGAGUCUCACGGCAACAGCGUGGUGCACGCAUCCGCGCCGCUGGUGGCGGUCUCGCCUGCGUUGAGGUACACAAACGUGGCGCUGGUGCAGCAGCCGUACGCUGAACUUGUGCAGCCGGUGCUCCCGAAGGCUUCUCUGGUCGCCGAGAAGACGAUCGAGGCCCACGGCCAUCAAGUGAUCCACAACGCGCAGCCGCUGCACACCGUCGAACAGCACGUCGCGAUACCCGUGGCCGCCACCCGCGAAUUAGCGUAUGCCGCGCCGAUCUAUUAUUCUGCGUAUCCGCAGCUGGUCGCCGAGAAAACCGUGUCCAGUUACGGACACAGCGUCCAGCAUGUCGCGUAGUUGAAUCACCGCUCGGACUCGCAUGUCUCGGGUGACCUCGAAGAGUACGAACGAAUUUAUGGAGUAAGAUAGAUAGAUAAAUAGAGAGAGAGAGAGAGAGAGAGAGAGAGAGAGAAAAGGGAGAAGAGAGAGGCAGAGAAGGAGAGAGAGAGAGAACCUGCGAGAAUUUUUUUAACACAAAGAUUGCGAUUCCACUCGGGGAAAUUUCGAAUCUCGAACUUUUUCAGGGAUAAAUCUAUUUAAGUCGGGAGAAACUGACUGAAUUUUCAAGUGACACGCAAGUGUGACAUUCCUCAAUCAUACGACGGGCUUUCCUUUCUCCUUUGUUGUGGCAUCUUGCGGUGAAUAUUUCCUCACAGUAAUGUUCAUUAUAUUUAGUCAAUGCUCGAGCUGUGUGGGAAGGAAAAAUUGAAGGUAUCUGAACGUACAGUCGCGCACAAAAAGGUUGUCCGUAAUACUUGAGUUUGUAAAGUCUUCGUCUUGUUCAAUGAGUUCGUUUUCUAAUGGAAGAAUGCUCUCCCAUUGGAGAAGACGGGUGAGUUCACGAACUCACUCCAAAAAUUACGGAGAAUCAUUUUGUCCUCGACUGUACACUUAUGUGUCAAUACAUCUAAAAAAUUAAACAGGAAUUAAUUCUUUACAAACUAUUUUCCAAUGAUUCAUAGAAAGUGUACUUAGCAACGAUAUCGCGUUUAUUUCCAUAUUUCAGUAUUUAACUAAUGCAAUGGCACAUUUGCAGUAAUAUAUAUAUAUAUAUAUAUAUAUAUAUAUAUAUAUAUAUAUAUAUAUAUAUAUAUAUAUAUAUA